GUUUCAUUACCUGCGAACAGGUAAAAGGGGUUUAUAGAUGGUUCUGUAAAAAAGAUAUAGUUUGUGGUCAUCGAAACGCGCGUCGUUGAGUACGCCCCGAUGCAUGGAUAUGGCUGACGUCCGACAUUUUGAAAUUUUUUCACGAGAGAACGAACGAUCGUAGAGUUUUAUUUGUCUGGCAUUUCGCAUUUUUUGUUAUUAGCUUUCGGAGUCAAUAUCAUUGACAGAAUUUAAUUUAUAAGCAUAAUUUUAGGCAGCUUGACUCGUGUUUCAGAAAAUUACAGAAACUGGCACUAUAUAAGUUGCAACAAAUUAAAUUAUAAUAUUCGUACUGCUUGUUAUAUCGCGACUAACAGAAUGUUAUGAGGUUUUAUAUGUAUAUUCGAUGAUAUAAUCAAAGUAUAUGUUAUGGGAAUGUUAGACAUUGAUAGGUUUUUGCAUUCGAUUUCACUUGUACCGCGUUUUAUUAUCGUGUUGAGUUUCGACACGUGAGAGAGCGAUGUAUAUCGAAUUAUAUGGCCGACUGCCAUAUUUGAUUUUGCAUUUCGGAAAAUCAUUCGCAAUAUCGUUAAUAUAGCGUUGAAAAUUGCUCUUUGAAUAAUAUAUUACUGUACGUUUUAGAUUUUUGAUAUCGUAUCUUUGAAAUUUAUUGACCGAUUAAAUCUCAAAGAAAAACUUCACGAGGAAGAGUUUUUCCGUCGAGGAAAAAAACGAUUCUAAACAACUAUAAAGAGAUUGGGUGUGGAGUUGAUACGGAAUAGAUAGAAACAAUACUGAACUACAAAGACCUCAGGAUUGUCAAAUGGCAGCUGCACUUGCUGUCAGUUCCUACACAACUGUACUGCCCCAGGUCGUGCCGCACCAUCCAGCAGCAGCGGCGGCUGCAGCGGCCGCAGCGGCAGCCCAACUAUCAGCAGUCACGUCUGCCGGACACAACGCCCACCUGGCGCCGAUGAACAUGGCCUCGCACUCCGGGAUGCCGAUCCUAUCGGCAGCCCCGCCAUCAAGUUUGUCAUUCGGCUUCACUCAGGAACAAGUUGCUUGUGUCUGUGAAGUGUUGCAACAAGGGGGUAAUAUUGAACGUUUAGCCCGAUUUUUAUGGUCGUUACCAGCAUGCGAGCAUUUGCACAAGAACGAAAGCGUACUCAAGGCUAAGGCGGUUGUUGCAUUUCACCGAGGAAAUUUUCGUGAACUCUACAAAUUACUGGAAAGUCACACAUUCUCUCCUCAUAAUCACAUGAAACUGCAGCAACUAUGGCUCAAAGCUCACUAUAUUGAGGCUGAGAAACUUCGAGGGAGACCCCUCGGUGCUGUUGGAAAAUACAGAGUAAGAAGGAAGUUUCCCCUUCCUAGAACAAUAUGGGACGGAGAAGAGACCAGCUACUGUUUCAAGGAAAAAUCAAGAGCAGCACUUAGAGAAUGGUAUGCACACAAUCCUUACCCUUCACCAAGGGAAAAGCGAGAGCUUGCAGAAGCUACCGGACUCACUGUUACUCAAGUCAGCAAUUGGUUCAAAAAUCGAAGGCAAAGAGAUCGAGCCGCAGAAGCCAAAGAACGAGAUGGAAGUGAAGCUGGUAUGUCGGGAGGAAUGAGUGCUGACGGUAUGGUGACUCCUCCGCACCAGGGCGGAUUAGAAGGCCCUGGAUCUGUUGGUCAUGUGAGUACAAGUCCAAACCAUUUGCUCGACCAAAAACCGGGAUUGGAUGGAAUGCACGCUCAUCAUCAUCAAAUUCCUCCACAUCACGUUCAACAAAUGAUGCAUCAUGAUCAAAUGGUGCAGCAACAACAUUCCCACACCCCUCCUCAGGGGCACCUACAUUACCCACAAGGGCCCUCGCCCUCGUCCAUUCCAAAUAGUAUGAUCAUGAGUACAAUGCAGGAUCCGCAUUCCAUGCCACACAAUUUGCAUUCCGCCGCUACUAUGACUGGCCACUACACUAUGGCAAGCACACCGGGACAUGCAGUUAGCAUGCAACAACAUUCGCAACAUGUGACAGAUUUGCAUUACCAACAACAACAACAACAACACUUACAUUCUCAGCAGCAGCACACUGGAUCCGGUAUCCACACAUCACCUGCUACGCUACAUGAUUCAAUGAUGCAUCACCCGAUGCCUACCACAACUUGGUCUACCUGAGCAAAACUAAAAAUCAAUAUAUAUAUGAAAAAAUGACAGUAAACAAUAGAAUGAAAUACGUGCGACCUACGAUGUU